AAGAGAUCUGACCCACGUGCUAUCACAUGUACCAUGGCAUGUCUAUUAAAGUACAAAUAAAUUGAAGAAGGUGGGGCCAAGCUAAAAUGGCAAGUCCUGAGGUUCUUUUGGCAAGAAAGCUGGCCAGUAAUGACCUCAAAACGAGACAAGCUUCAGAGAAUGAACUAAAGAAAUGGCUUAGGUCCAAAGGAAGGAAAGGAAUGAAGGAAAUAGAAAUGAGACGAUUGUGGAAAGGAUUAUAUGCCUGUAUGUUCAUGAGUGAUAAACCGUUAGUGCAGGAACAACUAGCCAGUGAUCUUGCUUCUCUUAUUCAUUCAUUCAAUGAUUAUACACAAGGUGUAAUGUUUUGUAAAAUAUUUUUUGAGACCAUGGCAAAUGAAUGGAUGUUCAUUGAUAGAUUAAGAAUGGACAAAUUCUAUAUGUUAAUUAGACGUUUCUCAUCAGAAAUGUUCACUUAUCUUAAUGGACACAAUUGGCCUCUUAGCUGUGUUACAAUAAUUACGGAGACAAUAUUGAGUUUGCGUGAUAAAUGUGUGGGUGUGUUGCUCCACGUUAUUGAACUGUUCCUUCCAGAACUGACUUCAUCUCAUGUUAAAGUUCCUGAGAUACAGAGUAUGACUUUUAUUGAUACAUGGAUACAAAUCAUUGCGACUUCAAAAGAUACAUCAGUUGUGGAGUGCAUUGAUAAAUCAAUAUUAAAGAGAUUAAUAAAGGGACACAAAGUGAAAGGUUUAAGUAUCAAUUGGUCAAAGUUAAUUGAAUCAGUUUUGAACUGGUCAAGUAAACCAACCGUACUAACGAGAAACAGGAAAAUACUUCACAAGUUUUAUGCACAGAUCAACGAGAAACAGUCUCAGGAUGACUGAACAUAACAUUGUUAGUUGAUUUAUUAAUAAUGGAAUGAAACAAAACAAUAAUAAUAAUAAUAAUAAAGAUUGGGACAGUUAAAUUAAUCACAACUAUAAGUAUAUGGGUGUGGUUUGGCCACACCACCAAUGUUACAUUAACAAUGAUAAAAUAUUUGAUUUAAUGAAGUCAUUAUGAUUA